GCGAUCGGCGGCUUGGUCAUGUGAUCAGCUGUGUCCAAUCACAGCUAAUCACAUGGGACAUGUACACUGAUCAUCGGUACCCUGAUGAUCAGUGUGGCCCCAGAAGUGCCACCUGUCAGUGUCCAUCAGUGCCAGCUGUCAGUGCUGAACAGUGCCACGUGCCAGUGCCCAUCAGUGCCACAUAUCAGUGCCUACCAGUGCACAUCAAUACCACAUAUCAGUACCCAUCUGAGCUGCCUUUCAGUGUCACCCAUCAGUGCCAGUGAGUGCCACCUAUCAGUGCCGCCAAUCAGUGCCGCCUAUCAGUGCCAGUAAGUGCUGCCAAUCAGCGUGCAUCAGUGCCGCCUAUCAGUGCCUGUCAGUGCCGCCUAUCAGUGCCUGUCAGUGCCGCCUAACAGUGC